CGUUCUCGAUCAAGUUUCUCACUAUCCAUAAUGAUCUCAUUAUAUCAGGCAACUUCGUUUCUAUCAUAUCCGGUCUAUGGAUUCUAUAAAGGCAGCUUCAUACCCCUGUCAAUUUGGACUUGCCAGGACUCCAAGGACCUCCGAAUUCUCCUUUCAUCCAAGUCUUUACCAUGAUUCCCCAAAAGCUUUUGCCGCUAGCUGGACUGGCCGCCGUUGUGAGUGCAGCUGUUCAAGGCCAAAACCUAACAGUCGCUAUGGUUAGAGCGCCUCCGCCUCAAUGGCCGCUGCCUAUCUAUUCCUGGGACUGGGUUAACAUCCAGCCAAACCUAACGUCGUCCAUUGACAAAGGUAUCGAGUACAUCGAAGAAGCAAAGGAUAAUGGAGCAAACUGGAUUGUAUUCCCAGAGCUGUGGUUUCCCGGUUUCCCGAAAGGCGCCCUCUACAACAACUGGACCAACACGCACCUGCCCACCUACUUAGCCAACUCAAUGGUGGUCGGCGGCCAUGAAUGGAACCGCCUCGUUUCCGCCAUCAAGAACGCCGAGCUCUACGCAUCUAUCAACUUCGCACAGAAAGACGGCGGCUACCUAUACAUGGCGCAAGCCCUCAUCUCCCCCACCGGCAAGGAGCUCAUCCUCCGCCACAAGCUCCGACCGUCAGGCGACGAGCGAUACAUCUUCAGCGAUGGCACGAUCAACGAGUUCAAGGUUGUCAACACCACCUACGGCCGCGUCGGUAUGCUGGAGUGCGGCGAGCACGUCUAUCCCAGCAUGACGUUCCCUAUGCAGGCUCAGGUCGAGAAUUUCCAUCUCGGCCCAUUCCCGUAUCUCGGGGACCCCAAGGAUGAGCGCUAUUUGUGGUGGGAGGGUGCUGAGUCCAAUAUCGCUGCGGGGAGCCACUAUGCGGUGCUUUCUGGUGCGUAUAGCUUUUUUCCAGCGGUUGGGUUUGCUUUCGUCUCGAGUCCGUUUGGACAGGUUGUGAAUUCGAUCAGUGCGAAUGUCAGUUUCGAGGAACACCCGAUCCUCUAUCAUAGUCUUGAUACUGCGGGUUUCGAUACCACUAGGGCUUAUGAUUCGGAUGGUCAGGUCUCGUGGGCCGUGCUGAGGCAGAUGGUGAGCAGCUUUCCUGGCUAUAUUCCUGAGGAGGAAGGGGAUCUUGUUCCGAGGAGAAAUGCUACUAUCAAAUUUCUCCUCUCCGGAGCGCUCAAUAGCUCGGAGGUGAACUACAACAAUUGAGUGACCUGCUCCUUGCCCUGCCAUGUGGAUUUCCAAGACUAGGUCUGUCUGCAAAUUAAUGUAUCUAAGGAAUAGGCCAUAACUUCUAGCUACUCCAGGCAAAUGCGAUGCCUAGC